AUGAUGUAUUCUGCUGUCGAUUCAAACGACGAUCAGAAUGUAAGUUAUUUCAGUUAUUUGAAGUAUAAUAAUUCAUUUUUGGUUUAGACAAAUUAUGACUCUCCCCAACAAAUUAGAUCAAUGUUGCCAUCCAAUGGUGAACCUAAACAAGAUUAUGGCGAUCCAUUGAUGUCUUAUCAAAAACCUUAUGAUCAAAAUCAUCCCUCUUCUUCAUCGAUGCAAAAUAUUUUUCAUCAAGAAAACGUUCAAAACGAAUCGUCAAGGUUUGAAUUAAUCUUUCCACUUAUGUUAUUCUAUAUUUAAUAUUUCAGCCAAAAUGUUCGUUAUUAUUCAUGGGCCGAUCGCAAACCACAAAAUCUUCUUCCAAGCUCGGAACCAAUGCCUCGACCAAUGACACAUCAAGAUAGACCAACAGGGUUGCGCCAUUUUUCAACAAAAGUUUGUGAAAAAGUUAAACAAAAAGGAUUGACAAAUUAUAAUGAAGUAGCCGAUGAAUUAGUAGCUGAAUAUUUCGAAAACAACAUGAUUCAUCAAGUAGAUGUCGUCAAACAAGAGUUUGAUAUGAAGAACAUUCGUCGACGAGUUUACGAUGCUUUGAAUGUUUUAUUAGCUAUGAACAUCAUCACAAAAAAUAAGAAAGAUAUCAGAUGGCUCGGAUUGCCAGCCUCAUCUGCGCAAGAAAUCACGAGGUUGGAAGAAGAGAAAAAACGAAGAGAGCAAAGUAUCAAGUCAAAGCUGGAAACAUUGCAAGAAAUGAUUGUUCAACUUGUCACAUACAAAAACUUGGUUGCAAAAAAUCGAGAUAUUGAAAAAGUUCAGGGUCGACCAGAUCAAAACUCACUUCUUUAUCUUCCAUUCCUCAUUGUCAAUACAAACAAAGAGUUAGUUUUGUAUUCAUUUACAACAAAUUAAACCAUUACAUUUUUCAGCGCAUUGGUCGAUUGUAGUGUUUCGAGUGACAAAUCAGAGUAUCUCUUCUCAUUCGAUAAACCAUUUGAAAUUCAUGACGAUAUCGAAAUUCUCAAAAGUUAGUUCACAAUGGAAUAUUGAAAUCAUAGUUUUCAUUUAUUUAUUUAGAAUUGGAUUUGGCUUGCGGUCUCGAUAAUGGAACAUCAACUCCAGAACAGCUUACACUUGCAAAAAGUCAUCUUCCUCCUUUGAUUCGACCAUAUGUAGAUGAUAUUAUCGAAAGUAAGUCGGAAUAAUGAAAACUCCAACUAAAAAAAUCUUGAUUUAGGAUAUAAAAAAGCGGAACUGGAAAAAGAACAACGAGAAUUAGAAGAGCAACGAAAACGUCAUAGAGAGUAAGAUUUCAAAAAUAGUGUUUUCGAUCAUCGUUAUUUGUUUUCAGAGAAAUCAUGGAGAAAAACGGAGCAAUGUACUUGCAAAGAGCACAAAUGAGUACGUUUCCCAAUUAUUAUUGAUAUUUUUCCAAAUAAAAUGUUUUAGGCGAUCCAAUGGCUGAAUAUCACGUGGAAAGACAACAUGAACAAGCUGUCAUGAGAAGAAAUACACGUCCGACAGUUCCACAAAUACGUCCACAAACAACUCAAGUUGUUCGACAAAUUGUUGGACAUCAACAAAACACUCAACAUAAUGGAAAUGUUAUUCAAAGACAACGCUAUUACGUUCAAAAACCAGGUGGAAUGCUUCAACAAGUUGUGAAGGUACGUUUUUCAGCUCGAAAAUUUCAAAGUGAUGUCCAACCUUUUUUUUAAAGACUGAAAAUAAUCCAUCGUCAUCUGCUCCACACCAUGUUCGACAAAUUCAACCAACUCAACAAGUUAGACAGAUUUCUCGUCCAUAUCCAAGUCAACAACAAAUUGGUGAACGUCGUCUUGUUACUGGAACAAAUGCCGCUGGACAACCAGUCAAAUACUAUGUUGCUUCGAAUACUGGACAACAACAAGGUUAUAAAUAUGUAACUGUUCCUCACAAAGUUACAACUGUUCGCGCAGCUGGCGGCGGCGGUCCAGUUGUAUCUGGAAUGGGAGGACAAACACAGCAAAGAGUUGUUUAUACUUCACAACAGCCAGUUCAAUCAGGACAACGAAUUGUAAUUUUUCGUUGACGGUGAAAUGUAUGAACGUGUUUUUUUUACAGAUCCAGCGUGUUUACACGGGUCCUCCAGGUCAACCUGGAAGUUCACCGACAGUUCGAAAAAUUGUUAAACGUAUUGUGGUGCCAAGUAAAGGUGGAAUUCAAGGUGCUCCGCAUAUUGUACGGAAAAUUGAUUCUCAAGGUGAGCUUUUGCAGGGACAGAGAAUAUUUGAUAGUUAUUUAUAGAGAAAUAUCAUUUUUCGGAAAGAUUCCAGAAUUUCAAAUGAAAUUUUUCACGCUAAAAAGUUCACGCUCAUUGUUAAUUUAGGUUUAUUCGUUUUGAGUAUUGUAAUUAAAUUAUUUACUGUUCAAUUUUGGUAGAAAUUUGUGCCCGUUUAUUUGAAAAAAUUCCCAAUUUUGUAUUUUUAUAGGUAAUGUUGUUCAACAACGUGUUGUUACUCAACAUCAGCACCAACCACAAAUCUAUCAAAGAGUUGUUCAUCAACCACAACAAAAUCAUAUGGUACUUCAUCAACAAUCUCAACAGCAUCAAAAUCAUUAUCAAACUCAACAAUAUCAUCAAAUUCAACAGCAACAACAACAUGAACCAAUGAGUUCUCAACAAUCUGAUAUGUUGCAACAACAGCAACAACAGGUUAGUUAUCAAUCGAAAAUACUUGAAGAUUCGAAACUAAUUUUUCCAGGAAGAUGUACAAUUCGAUGAUUUUUAUGAUAUGACAGAUGAUCAAUUGAUGGGAAGAGAUUCAUCGCAUGAUUUGAAUUUCCAAUAA